AUGGACCGGCCGUUCGGGAUUGUUCCCGAUGUGAUGGAUCAGCACAGAACACUCCAUUCUGGUUGUCUGGUGUCCGGAGUCCGAACUCCCCCCAUCCGCCGCAACAGUAAACUGGCCAGCCUGGGACGAAUCUUCAAGCCCUGGAAGUGGAGGAAAAAGAAAAAUGAAAAACUGAGGCAGGGCUCUACAGUGCUGGAGAGGAAAGUGCCCAGCAGGCAAAAUCGUGAGGAUCUCGUCAGAAAGGGCCUGGCAGAGGCUGGCAUGGAGUCUGACCUGGCCUGUGGUGGGAACACAGACGAUCCGGGAAGCCCAUCUCUUGAGGACUCAGACGCCGAGGACCAAGAGGACGAGCCCAUGGCGCCGCUGGCCAGCAACUCCGAGGAUCUGGGAUCUGAUGAGGACAAUCUGUCUACAGUACGAGACACCACAGAGAUGACGGAAACAGAAGGGGAACUUGGGCAAAGUGAGGAUGAGGACAAGACUUGUGUAGAGGCCUCGAGUAGAGGGGCCGGUGUCGGGGCCCUCGAGGGCCAUGAGGAGAGAAAGGAGGAUAAACCGCUCAGAGAAGUUCGCACUCCUCCAGCCAAACCAGUGAAGCUGCUUACUAGACUGAGCAGUCUGGACAACACCCACUCUCAUCAGGGCCGGCCGGCUCCAGCCACUCUGCCCCGGAACUUCACCCUCCCCAAAGAUGCCCUGCGGGGCAGGAUCUCCACCCCCACCGGCUCACCUCACUCGGGGGUCCUGCACCAUCAUCUGCCCCCGAGCUGCAUCAUCGAGGAACUGCACCGGGCGCUGGCCUCCAAACACCGGCAGGACAGUUUCCACAGUAAGGAGAUCCGUGGUUCCCCCAAACGGCGCUCGGAUGGACGGGGGUCCCGCACCGCCAGCACUGAGAAUGAGCAGAGCGGAGAAGUGGAGAACAAGAAAGAGGCAGAAGAGAACAAGGAGAACAUGCGUGUGGAUGAAUACUACAGCGACCAGGACAGCUGGAACGACUCUGUCAUCUCUGGCACACUUCCACGGCGGAUAAGAAAAGAGCUCCUGGCGGUGAAGCUGCGUAACAGGCCCAGUAAACAAGAGCUGGAGGACAGGAACAUCUUCCCUGUGCGCAGCGAUCAGGAACGACAGGAGAUUCGCCAACAGAUCGAAAUGAAGCUUGCCAAGUGA